UUAAAAAGAUUUUUAAUCUUAUUUUAUUACAAGAAUUUUAUGUAUUGAAAAAUUUGUUUGUUUUAUGACAAAAUUUUUAAAAACUUUCCAUUUCCUGGCAUGAAAGGUGAAUAUGUAGAACCCGAUAAUCAAAACACCAUCAACAUGUUCUCAAAGCUUCACCACCACCAUCAACAACAGCAACAGCAACAGCAACCUCACCCUUUCUCUCUCUCUCGUGAUUCUCAAACCCCCGACUCCGAUGACGCCACCCACACCGCUGAUCAUGCUCCCAAAGAUCUUUCCACCGCCGCCACCCAUAGUCCUUCUAUCCCCAGUGGUGGCAGCGGAGGCGGCGGCUCGGCUCGUGGUGGCGGCGGUGUUGCUAACAGUGGUGGUGAUGGAGCAAGCAUCGAAAUCGUUCGUAGACCGAGGGGUCGUCCUCCGGGUUCCAAGAACAAGCCAAAGCAAGCCGUUGUCAUCACUCACGAGCCCGACACGGCAAUGAGUCCUUACAUUCUUGAAAUCCCUGGGGGGAACGACAUCGUAGAAUCUGUCUCACGUUUUUCUCGCCGCAAGAACAUUGGAAUCUGCCUGCUUACGGGAUCUGGAACUGUUUCCAACGUGACUCUCCGUCAACCUUCUUCGGCCACUCCGGGAGCCACCAUAACUUUCCAUGGCAGAUUCGACAUCUUGUCCCUCUCGGCCACUUUCCUAUCCCAAACGACGUCAUGCCACAUGCCCAACACGGUUUCCAUAUCUUUGGCCGGUCCUCAAGGACAGGUUGUUGGAGGUUUCGUAGCUGGCCCGCUGGUAGCAGCUGGUAACGUGUUUAUAGUAGCUGCUACGUUCAACAACCCUUUGUAUCAUCGGUUACCCGGGGAUGAGGAAGGGAGGAAUACGGUGUCGUCUGGUGGUGCAGGUGGACAGUCGCCGCCGUUUUCUGGUGGCGGUGGAGAUAGUAGUCACGGUGGUGGGGCAGAUUCGUGUGGUGUUUCGAUGUAUAAUAGCCAUAUGGGUGGAUCAGAUGUCAUUUGGGCUCCAACUGCUAGACCACCACAGCAUACUCCUUACUAAUGAGUUCAAAGAUUUAGCCUUUUUCAGCUUUCUUUUAUAAAAAAAUUCUUAUAUGAAAGUACUGUGAAUUAAGGAGGGUUAGAUUUUUUUUU